AUGGAAAACCAAACCUUCAUCAAUGAAUUGAUUUUCCUUGGUUUUUCAAACCACCCUGACCUUCAUGUUCUAUUCUUUUUGGUAUUCCUAGCCAUUUAUGCAAUUACUCUAGUGGGCAAUACCCUAAUACUAAUCUUGGUCCAAACUGAUUUUACCCUUCAUACACCCAUGUACUAUUUCUUGUGCAACCUGUCAUUUGUAGACAUCUGUUAUACCUCCACUACAGUCCCUGUUAUGCUGGCAAAUUUCUUCCGGCCAAAGAAAACAAUCUCCUAUGGAGGAUGCAUCACCCAGCUGUUCUUCCUGAUAACGUGUGCUGGAACAGAAUGUGUAUUACUAGCUAUCAUGGCUUAUGACCGAUAUGUGGCUAUUUGCAGCCCUUUACAUUAUUCUAGCAUCAUGAACCAAAGGGCUUGCAUGAAGAUGGCUGUAUUUUCUUGGUUGUGUAGCUUGACAAACUCACUAGUGCACACUCUCCUUACAUACUCCUUAACCGUCUGCAAGUCUAAUGAGCUUAGCCAUUUCUUCUGUGAUAUCCCCCUGCUCCUGAAGCUCUCCUGCUCAGACACCUCCAUCAAUGAAGCUGUGCUUCAUCUUGCCAGUGCUCUGAUAGGACUCAGCCCUUGCCUGUUCAUUCUGGUCUCUUACAUCCGCAUCAUCAGCACCAUCCUGAAGAUCAACUCCUCCAGAGGCAGAACUAAAGCUUUCUCCACCUGUACCUCACAUUUGAUUGUGGUUGUUGUGUUCUACAGCAUGGCCAACUUUAAUUAUAAUAGGCCUAGUUCUGGGUACUCUCUGGAUAUCGAUACAUUGAUUUCCUCACUGUAUUGCAUUGUCACACCCAUGUUAAAUCCAAUUAUCUAUAGCCUAAGGAAUAAAGAAGUGAAAGCUGGCCUAAUAAACUCCCUCACCCUUAAGCAACACAGCCAAUGGUAUCUCUGGUGA